AUGGAAACCGUAUCACUAAAGCGUAGUGGUCGGAAACCUGGCAGGCUGCAGAACAAGCUCACCUUCUCAUCCCGCUUCAACGACGAAAACGCCUUACCCUACUCCCCAUCUCUCUCGAAACCUUCCCCCACUCUUCUCGCUGACGUCACCACCCCCGCGCUUCCACUUCCCGUGGAAACCGUUACCGGCAGCGAGGAGGUGCAUCCGGUUGGCCUCGCGGCCGUCACGCAAUGGUUUGAUGGCUCCGUCAAGUCGGGCCACCCGCCAACCGGCAGAUCCGGCGUCCGAUCUGCGCUACAGGAUUUUUCCGACAAUUCCUUCUUUUCCUUCCCCUCGGGAAAAUCAGCCGCCAUGUCCGCGUUUGGGAUGAGGAGCGUUAACGAGAACAGCCGUCGGAACACGUCGGUGCCGGCAGCUGCGGUCCCUCCGCAAACCACGCAAUCCUUAGUCGAGAUUUUACCGCCCAACACGCUCAAGGCAACAGAGCUCGUGCCUUCCGUACCUAUCGUGCCGCCCCGUCUCUCCGCGUCCGUCCGUCAGUCCAACUCCGGCGCUCCUCCGUUUCUCGCAAACUACACCAGUUCCUCUGCCGUCGGACUCGGUUCUGCUCCGUCAUCUCGACGGACGUCGUUCGCCGGCAGUGUUGACGGCAGCGUCUCUUCGUCGUCCGCAGCAAUGGUGUUUCCGCCCCCGUCGCGGACCAGCCAGCGGCGGAUCUCCGCCCUGGCGGAAAGCGCGGGGGAUUUUUCCGCCAUGCUGCCGGACGAGAGGGAGUUUCUAGCGGACGUGGCGGAGUUCCAUGGACUCCCCGUCCGCGCGUCGCUGCAGUCUUUGCCGCCUUUGGCGGAAAGCUUUCCGCCACAGGCUCGGCAGCUGCAGAACGGAGCAGGGAGGCGAGUGAGUCUGGCGUGGAUGUCGCUUGAUGGACAGCUGAAGAACGUGGAAGCGUUGACGGAAAACGUCGGAGCUAGCGGCGUGUUGACGGAAGAUGAACAACAAUCAUGGCUGAGCAUCCCGCCUGUCUACCGCGCCUUGAUCCUCACGAUGACGUGGAAGGCGGUCUCGACGGCCAGGACGCAGAUGAAACGCGAGUUUGCGCGGAUCCGCAAGUUGAUCCGCGCAAAGGACGCGGAUGCGCGCUCUUUGCGCAAGAAGCUCGUCGCCUUGCGAUCCCAGCAGCCCAAAUCCGUCGUUUCGUCGCCCGUCGCCAGCCCGUCGUCGGGUGUCGCACGCGUGGCAGAAGGUGGUCCGAGUCCCGCGAAAGCGAGCGGUGAUAAUUCACAGGUGCAGCAGCUACUGCAGGCCAAGGACCUCGAAUUGAAACUGUUGGAGGAACAGUUGAAACGCGUGGAGAUGGAACGAGAUGAGAUGGGUGGGAAAAUGAAACGGGCUGUUGAGGAGAUGCAACGGCUGGAGGAGAAGCUGAAACGCGAGGAGGAACGUGUGGGAAGCAUGGGCGAGGAGAUUAAACGUGGGACAGAGGGAAGCGAGCGAGCGGCGAGGAAGAUGAAACGCAUGGAGGCGGAGAUGAAACGGAUGGCGGAGGAGAUGAAAUGCUCGGAGGGGCGGUGCGCGGAGGUUGAGGCGUCGCGAACCACGACUCAGGAGGCUCUGAACAAUGCCGUUGAAUCGAACUCCGCCCUGAAGGACCUCAUGGCGCUGCAGGCGGCGCACAUCGCGGAGCUCAAAGCCCUCGUUCUCGGUCAGACGGAAGCCAUUCAGGAGCUGACACGUGGCAGCGCGGCAGUGAAUGGCACAGAUGCGGGGAAGCCUGUCCGGGAAGAGGAGGACGAAGAUAAGAAGGAAAAUGAGGCGGAUGAGAAAGCGGAGGAGAAGGCGGAGGAGAAGGCGGAGGAGAAGGCGGAGGAGGCGGCGAAGGGGGGCGAUGCGAGGAGCGCGGGGAUGGAGGAGCUGAUGGCCAUGCUGUCCCACCAGUCCGCGGAAAUCUCCGCGCUCAGCCGCGCCGUGCAGGCGUCUACCUCCGCCCUCCGCCGCACCCCCUCGCCCUCCGCGUCCCCUUCCGCCUCCCCCGAGCCCAACACCCCCCUCACGGCAAAACUCGCCGUAUCCGCAGGGGGAGGGGUAGGGGGAGGCGCAGGCGCAGGCGCACCGGCGGAGCCAGGGCUGUGGCGGAUGGGGCUUCCCCUACUGGGGUCGCCCGUGGGAUUGACGCCCUCUCCCCCGGGCAGGGGGGAGAUGAGGGUGGUUGCGCGGAUCAGGGGGAACGUGUAUGGCGCAGUGCCCAAGUACGGGGGCGCGGGGGCGGAUGGGGCGCGCGCGGGGGAGAAGAUGGGGACGGUAGAGGAGGAAGGGCGGGGAGUGGCGCUCGGUGGUGGUGGCAGUGCUGGUGGCAAGGGUGGUGGUGCUGGUAACAGUGGUAACACUGCGUACAGUGUUAUCAAUGCCAGCUAUGGCGCCGGUGGCGACAGUGCUGUUGGGGGAAGAAGCAGCAGUUGCAGUGUGAAUGGUGCUGCUGCCUUGGGCGGCGGGGCAAGGAAGGUGUCUCUGGGAAUAGGGAGGAAUGGGAGAGGUUCGGCAGUGGUGCCGCUGCUCGCCCUGCCACUUGGCCGAGCCUCUGUUGACCCUGUUGACUGUGCCGAGGCGGCUGGAGCAGGGAAGCAUGGCAGUGAUUGUGCGGAGGAAGGGAAGGAGAAUGCGGAGGUAGAUGAGGGGGAGGGAGAAGAGGAGUAUGAGGAGGUGCAGCAGUUCUUCUCCGCCCCUGCUUCUCCCUUCUCCAUGCCCUCCACCCCCACUGCUGCUGCUGCUGCUGCUGCUGCUGCUUCAGCUGGUGAUGCUGCUUCUGCUGUCGUGGCUUCAACCGUUGAAAGGGUCCACCGCCACUGCAGAGAAGGCUCGGACUGCUGCCAAGCCUAA